UGCGCCGCCGGUGGCCGGUUUCGGGGGUUGACUCGCGCCGUGGGGGCGAUGAGCGCACUUCUCUUCGCCCUGAGACUGACCUGCUGCUGUUUCUGGCUGGUUUGCAUCGUCUUCCUGAUUCGCCCAUCCUGCGGCCUGCCGGAUCAGGAGCAGGUCCAUCAUCAUCAUCGACGCAAUCUCAACGUGAAUAAUAAUAAUAAUAAUAAUAAUAAUUUUAAUAACGUUAAGAAUAACAAUAAUAAUAAUAAUUAUAAUAAUAAUAACAAUAAUAAUAAUAAUAAUAAUAAUAAUAAUGACGCCAACACCGCCGCCGCCUCCUCGUCACUAUUGUCGGGUAUCCUGGCCGACGUUAACGUCUACGACAACAAUGACGACGAUGAAGAUGAGAUCGAUGAGGAUAUCCUCGCGGGAAACAUUACGACAGAAAACGGCAAAUACUUGGGCUCGCCAUGUAACCUCACAUGCAAUCCAUUAUUACAACACGUUUUCUGUGACUCCAUCACUCACAGGUGUGAGUGCGAGAAACUUUACCCUGUGCGCCUCGGGCCUAGCAAGGGAUGUGCCAAACCGAAAAAACUCGGUGAACAAUGUUUUUAUCGAGCUAGUUGUACGUUCGCUGAUCAACACUCAACGUGUACGCAAGUUCAACACAAUGCAGUGUGCGAUUGUGAGGAAGGAUAUCAUAGGGUCGCCUUGUCAAGACCUAAUAAGAAAGUAUUUUGCGCCGAAGAUUUGGUGCUGAUAAAAACGGAUUUCCCGACACUUCUUGGAGUUGCAGCGGGCCUAGCAGUAUUCACAUUUUUAAUAUGCUUUGUGCUGAAAUUAUUCAGUUCAACAAGAUACACAAGGCCGAGACAUUUCGCCAAUGCAAAUCAUGCACCACCAAUGCUCUUUUCCAGUGAUACAGGUGACGUACUUCAUGGAGAACGACCAUCGUCACGUUCGAGUCAAAGAAGUAGCGGUGGUACAUUAAAUUUCACGAGAAGGCCAAGUAGUGCAGGAAGUCGUGGUCCAUUGGUUCCAGCAUCCAGAGCAGGUGCGGCUCGUGCCGCCGCCAUCUUGCUGAUUUCAUGUCAUCGGCAGUCGACCAAGGGCGGCAACAAACAUCGUCGAGCCCUUAGUGACGUUGCUGAGGGAUCGUCAGACGGCCUCGGUUCACGUCGACCAAGUUUGGCAUCACUUCACAGUACGGGUUCAUCAGCGAGAAGUUUUAGCGCACGACGACUGGAACGAGAGCGAAAUGAUAAGGAACAAAGACAGGCUCUUCAAGAGUUGAGGUUAACGAAACAAAGGGAGCAACAACAACAACAACAACAGCAGCAGCAGCAACAACAACAAGUUGCUCCAACACCAAGUCCACGAACUCCACAUUCAACAGACGAACUUUUACCAUCGGUUGAAGAAGGAAAAGAACUAUUUUAUAAUGAGCAAAUACCAACGACUUCCGGUACUUCAGGAACGGCAAGUACAACAACGAGAACCGCUAAUAAUGCAGUUAAAGAAGUUACACCUGCCACCAUUCCACCGUUGUUCGAUAAUGAAGUCGCAAUCUGUAUGACAAAUGACAUAUUUCAAUAUGAUAAAUGAUGAUAGCCUAUCGAUAAAAACGAAUCGAAAUUUUUCAGGUAGCUUUUUCAAAAAAAAAGAAAGAAAACAAAUUAUAAGGUAUAAAGAAGUUGCCUAGUAUCAGGACAUUAUAUAUAUAUGAUACAAAAUUCGAUAAAGUAUACAUAAUAAUAUUAAAAUAAUAAUUAUAAUAAUAAUAAUAAAAAUAACAAUAAAAAUAAAAGUAAUAAUAAUAAUAAUAAUAAUAAUAAUAAUAAUAAUAAUGUGCGUUUCAUAAUUAAUAUGCAUUAAUAACUUUAUGGAAUGACUCACGCUGCAAAUUUUUGCUCUAGUCAAAACUCACAUUUUCUUUUCUUUUUUUUAUUGUAACCUUUCUUUAUAAUUUUAAUUUUUUUUUUUUUUUUUUUUUGACCUACAAUUUAUCAAAACAAAAAGGAAUUGAUAAUUAAUUUAUUGAAAAAAAAAUUUCCUAAUCCUUAUAAAAAAAAAAGUUCCCUAAUUAUAAAAUUCUUUUCUAAAUAAUUAAAAUCUUUAUAAUUGCAAUUCUAUAAUUAUUUUAUCUGUGACAAUUUUUUUUUUAAAUCAUGAAAAAAAUGAAAUAGUUAUUUGCCUUGAGAAAUUGUGAGAUAAAUAUUACAGCAGCGUUCGCUGUAAUGAAAAAUAAAAUAAAAAAAAAAAAAAAAACAAGUGAAGUAGCUAAGUCAUAAGUAUAUUUAAAGCCGCGGUGCGCCUAUUUUAUAUUUUUCGAUUUACACAGCAUGUGCAUAUUUUUUCUGUGAUAUUUCCAUGUGUAAAUGUGAAGAAUGCAUCAUUUUUUGUUUUUUUCAUAUAAUUUCAAAUUUUCCCUUGUAAAUUCAUAUAUUCAAACAAUAUCAAAAUAAUUGAUUUUUUUUAAAUUAGAAAAAAAAAAAAUUUCUUAUACCCCCCCUUAAAAAAAAAAAAUGAAAAGUUUUAAUUUAAAAAAAUUCUAAUUAAUCAUUAAUUUAAUUGGCGCGAAUUAUAUUAUAAAAAUUAUUUAUGACAACAAAAAAAAUUAUAAAAAUAAAAUGAAAAAAAAUUUUCUAUUAAAAUUUCACGAUUACAAAAGACGUGUGACAUAAGAUAUAAUUUUCUCACACUAAAAUACACGAUUAUGUAAUAUAUAUAUAUAUAUAUAUAUAUAUAUAUAUAUAUAUUUGUAUAUAUAUACGUAACGUGUUUAUAAAACGUGUGAAUAACAACUUUUAAAAAAAAUCGAAACAUGAUUAUUGCACAAUUAUUUUUGAGCAAUGGUUGAGAAUUAUUGUUCAGUCAAUAAUAAAAAAAAAUGAACAAAAAAUGAAAAAAAAUCCUUUCAACGAAUAACAGAAUCGAAAACACGAGGCUGUAUAUUUUACCCUUUUUAAAUUACGAAAUGUUUGUAUAUUGAAACAAAUGUCAUUGAAUGAAUCUAAAAUGCUCGAAGUCCGGCGAUUGAAUUUUUUCCGCUCCCCGGCACCUAUAUAUUAUGAUAAAUAAUAUAUAUUGAGAAAAAAAACCGCGAUUAUAUGCUGUAUAUCCAUGUCGUGUUCCUUUCAAAUUAUAAUUUUCGCGAUAUUCAUAUUAUAUUGCUCAACCUUGCCUUUCGCCACUUCCUUCCUGUAUCUGUAUACAUACUACAUAUAUGUAUAAAAUAUUUUAUAAUCUGUAAAUAAUUGUUCAAAACUAGAUAAUCAUUAUGUCAAUUCAUUGAAUUUUUUUUUCAUUUAAUUCAUUUUUAUAAUUUUAUUAAUUUAUUAACUUAUUUUAUUAAUUUCCUUAAUUUUUUUUUUUUUUGUAAAAAGAACAAGAAAAUAUGCAUUGGUUUUAAAAAUAAAAAUUUUUUUUUAAAUUUCAAUGAGAGCGGAAAUUAAAAGAUAGCUCAGUGGUAAGAGUACUCUACCGACAAAGAAACGACGUUGCGUUCGAAUCCUGCUACAAGAAAACAAAUUUUUAUUUAUAUUUAUUUGAAAAUAAAUUAAUUAAUAGAAAUUAUCUAAAUUUAAUUUAGUAAAAGUAAUUUUUACAGUGAAAAAAAUACCGAUUUUAUUUACAAAAAUAAAAAAAAUAGAUUAUAAUUAUUAAUUAAAUGAUAUAAUUAAAUAUAUACAUUAAAUUUAUAAGCUUAUCAUUAAAGUCUUGCUUAAAGGAUUUAAAAAAAAGCAUAUAAUAUAUAUUCUAUUUGAUUGUUAUAAAUUGGUAUAUAUAAUGAAAUUAUUAAUAUGAAGGAAUUUAAAAUAGUAAGAAAAUCAUCUCUAUGAACGUCCUCACUUCAUCCUUCCUAAAAAUAAAUAAAUGAGCAUUAAAGUAAAAAAUAUAAUACGUAAUUGAGAAGUGGAACAUAAUUUAUAAAUUUAAAAAAAAAUCGUUUAUUAUAGAAAAUAAGUCUGCAAAUAUGGAAACCCCAUUGAAUCUAUCCAGGCAUCCAUUUUUCACCCCUAUUUGCCAAUAUGUGCCUAUGGUAUAUUAAAAUUAUUUAUUAUAUUUAUCAUUUAUUUAUUUAUAAAUGACAAAAAAUUAAUUAAUAUUAUAAUUAUUACAAAAUCAAUUUUUUUAAAUAAUUGCAAUUAAUUAUAAUUAUGAUCAAUGAUUUUAAUUUAUCAAUAAAAUUCCCCUCAGAUAAUAUAAAUGAAAAUUCUUCUUUCUCAGUUUUAGUGAAUGUAAACAAAAAAAAAAUUUUUUAUACAUAUCAAAAUAAGUCAUUUCCACGUAGUAUCUUUUUAUAUAGUCAUUUUUACCUAAACAAAAUAUUAAAUUAAUAUUGUUAAACAUAAUAAUGAUAAAAGUUUAAUGAAUGCAAAAUAGCGAGAAUUCCAUAUUUGAAGACUCCCAUAUAGUAUAAUAAAAUAAUAUAUUAUAAUAUAAUAUAUAUAUAUAAAAUAAUCUACGAACAAUAUGGUUGUAUCGAGGAAUUCAGGUUGACUCAAUCAUUUAAAAUUAAGAAACAAAAAAUUUGAAAAAAAAAUAAAUUAAAAAUUAAAAAAAAAUAAAAUAAAAAUAUAAAAUAAGAGAAAUAAUAAUUAAAUAGAUAAUUAAAUAAUGUAUAAUAACAAAAUUUCAAUAUAAAAAUUAUUUUAAAAAAAUAAUAAUAAACAAAAUUUUCAAAUUAUCAAUAUUUCUCAUGAUUAUAAUAAUUAUUAUAUAGUCAAGAAUACUAUAUAUUAAAAUUAUAGCUAAUAACAUUUCAUAAAAUGAAAUGUAAUAAUAGUUAAUAAUUAUUAGUUAUUAAAUAAAUUUUAAUAAAUUUAUUAUUAUUACUUCGUUAAUUAAAAAUUAAUAACUUUUUUUUCAUGAUUAGAUGUGCAAAUUCUGGAUUAAAAAAAAAAUCUACAAAAUUUGUAAAGUUUUUUUAUUGUUAUAAAUUUCGAAAAAUUCCAAUUAGUACCUAAUGUGUAAUAAAUAAUAAUAAUAAUAAUAAUAAUAAUAAUAAUAAUAAUAAUAAUUUAAGAUUGAGUCAACCUUCAUAAUUUGAUGACGAUUUUUUCAAAUGAACAAAAUCGAAUAUCAAUAAUAAUAACGUUUGUGUAAUGCUGCAACGUUGCGCUGCCUUUCUCAAUGAAAAAAAAGGGAAAAUUACAAAGAUCGUAUAUUAAAUGCUACAAUACAUUUUAUAUAAUAUAUACAAUAUACAAUAUAUAGUAUAUAAUAUAUAACAUAUAUAUAUAUAGAUAUAUACAUAUACAAAUAACCAAAAUAAUAUAGUAACGCCUUAUCUUCGUUAAAAAAAAACGGCGAAGAAACGAAGGUUUCGAUGUAUAUUAUUAUUUGUAAAAUCUAUGUACGAAGUUAUGGUUUUAACCCUUUUAAAUGUUUACUGUACGAUAAAUUAUUGUAAAAUAGUCGUUGGACAAAUAAAGAUCGUUUUUCCUAUA